UGAAUUCUCAGUCACAUGAGGCUCGGGGAGGGGGACGUGCACGCUGCAAUUGGAGCCGCCCAGAGGUCAUGUGACCUCCAAUCCCCUCCCCGCCACCCCCCGGCGGCGGAGCCAGGCUGGAGCGGCGGCGCGCGGCGGGCUGGGGUUCCCGGGAUUGCCGCAGCGCCCGGCUGCAGCGCGGGGCCGGGCCGUCGCCGCUGGCCCCCAGCCCGGCGCAGGGAUGGCGGCAGCAGCGCGCCCGGCGUGAGGGGCCGCGGGCGGCGCGGGGCAGGGGCCGGAGCCGGAGCCAGCAUGUGGAGCGGCCAAGCCCCGUUCAAGGAAGGCAGCCAGCAGCUCCAGAAGCAACCGGCGGUGGGACAGUGGAAGCCGCUGGCAUCAUCCAGCGGUGGGAAGGAGCUGCCACAGUUGGAACCACGCUGCAGGGAGGCAGGUGGGGGAGAUGACGGCCAAUCCACAGCGCAGCUCAAUGUCUCCCGCCUGCGCAGCUCCUCGGUGGAGAUCCGUGAGAAGGGAUCCGAGUUCCUGAAGGAGGAGCUCCACAGAGCCCAGAAGGAGCUGAAGCUGAAGGAUGAGGAAUGUGAGAGGCUGUCAAAGGUCAGAGAGCAGCUGGAGCAGGAGCUGGAGGAGCUGACAGCCAGUCUGUUCGAGGAAGCACACAAGAUGGUAAGAGAUGCAAACACUAAGCAGGCUGCAUCAGAGAAGCAGCUGAGGGAGGCCCGAGGAAAGAUCGACAUGCUGCAAGCAGAGGUGACUGCUUUGAAAACUCUGGUGAUCACUUCCACACCUUCCUCUCCAAACCGGGAGUUGCAUCCCCAGCUCCAAAGCCCCUCCAAAGCUGUCUUCAGGAAAGGGCACGGGCGGAACAAGAGUGCCAGCAGUGCAGUAGUCGCAGCCACCAGCCAGAGCCUGCCCCUGGAGUCGGUCAGCAACGAGUGCAAAGAGUUUGGGGUGCCCACUCUUCUCUCUCUGCUCCUCUGUAUUGUCCCGGGGAAGGCCAUCCACAUCACCUAUGAGCCAGGCUGGCAGGCCCUGGUGGGAGACUCUUCCUCGUCGUCCUCCUUGCGGCAGGUUGACUCCAUCCUGUUCGCCGAGUUCCAGGCCUGGAAGGAAUCCCCGACUCUGGAAAAAUCCUGCUCCUUCCUGGAGAGGAUUUACCGGGAAGAUGUGGGGCCCUGUCUAGACUUCACCAAACAGGAGCUAUCAGAGCUGGUGCGGGAGGCCGUGGAGCGGAACACACUCACCAUAGAGCCUGUGGCUACCCAGACGCUGCCCGUGGUGAAGGUGUCGGCAAUGGAAUGUGGCGGACCAAACGGGUUCCGGUCACAAAUUGUAACGAAGUGCGCUCUGAGUGGCCUGUCCCGAGCCUGCAAACACCGCAUCAAGCUGGGGGAUUCUGGGAACUAUUAUUACAUCUCACCAUCCUGCAGGGCCAGGAUCACAGCCGUAUGCAACUUCUUCACCUACAUUCGCUACAUCCAGCAGGGCUUGGUGAGACAGGAUGUGGAGCCGAUGUACUGGGAAAUCAUGCGGCUCAGGAGGGAAAUGUCCAUGGCCAAGCUGGGCUUCCACCCCAGCGCGAUGUAGGCUGGGCCUCGCCGUCUGAAGGGAGCUGCCCCAUCUUGAAGGUCACGUACUCCAGCAGGCAGACAGACUGAGGCAGUGCAUCUAUGCUCACGGGGUUCCCUCCCUCUCCUGGCCUGACAUGAACUGCAGAGGGGAGGAGCAUGAGUUUCCCCCGUCCAAAGGCCUCCUUGCUGCCGUUCUCACAGCGACUGAGAUGCAGACACCCCCUCUCCCCCCAGAGAUGGGCUGGUCCUUUGAGCUCUGUGGGGUGGCCAGCUCUAAGUUCUGUCCAUAGUGGACCCUUUUCUCUAUGCUGCCUAUAGCCAGUUUUUUUAAUUUUAUACACGAUCUUGCUUCUGUGGAUUCUCCCAGACCUGCUGUGCACGAGGCUGGUCCGGGGCUCCCCCGUUUGGCAGUGGGUCCUUCGGCACCGAACUGCAGCUGGGCCUUCCCACAUCCACCCCUCUGCCUGAGGCAGGGGUGCAGUAUUGCCCAGCUGUCCCCCAGCCCUCACUGGUGCCCCCUGCAAAUGCCAGCACCGCACAAAAACCUCACUAAGAGCCAUGCAAAGCAUGUUUUCCAAGUGCUUCCCUGCUCCUCUGGCAGUCGCCUAUCGGAGUCACUUUCCAUUCACUCAGUCACAAAGAGGGGUUUGAUUCUCUUUUCAGCUCAGGGUUUGGUUUUGUAAUCCAGCUCAGAGCCGGAGAGCUACAGCGUAGGCCAAAGCUCCAUGCCUGGGGCCUUGGUCUCAGUGCAAAUGGAAAUUGCAGAACAGAAAAGCUGGCCACAGCUAUGCUGAGGUUGGCUGUACUAGGCUGCAGACAGUGUCUCUUCGGGUCCUCGUGAGGCAGCGGUGCCCUGCUAUGGUCACUGCAGGAAUGAGCAUCUCCCUAUUGCUCUGCUUUAAACCCCAGCCAAGGACAGAUGCCUUGUAGCCACUCCUAUUUCUAGGCUGUGGCUUCAGGCAUUCACCUCCCUGGGGCUGUCUCCUCUCUGGCUCUCCUUAUAGCCCCCAACUCAGGCAGUCACUACUCAGUGGCCAAUUAUAGGCUCUGGCCCUGGGCAUUCACUUCUGUGCUGCUCGAUUAAGGCCAGAAGGAACCAUUAGAUCAUCUAGUCUGACCUCCUGUAUAACAGGCUGUAGAAUUUCACCCAGUGACUCCUGUAUUGGACCCGAGCCUUGUCAGUGCUUCCUUAAAGGUCUCCCAGCUCCCCAGCAGGGGAGCCCUGAGACACCACUGCAUGUGGGUGACAGCGCCUGGGGCAACCAUCUCCUAGCCCCCCCUGCAGCUCACAUCUCCCCUCCCACUGUCGUUAAUAUAGGAGUAUAUGCAGUAGUGCUGGGAGGGCCUGAUCCAAAGCUCAUUGACAUCCUUGGACUCCGAGUGGCUUGGGCUCAGACAUUUAAAUAUACACGGUGCUGUACAGAACCUUGCAAAGCCAUGAUCCUUGCCUUGGAUUGUCUUUAUAAUUGAAUAAUUAACCUUUUCUACUAUGUCAUCAUCUCGGCUGCCGUCCUGUGCUGUUACACCGUCUCGCAUGGUGCUGCUGGACCGCGUUUCUCUGUGAUGUAACUCCACUGCUAUCAGCAGAGGCAUGAUUUGGCCCGUUAGCACCCAGUCUCAGAUCAUCUGUGACGUCACAGCCUCUCCCCAGAGGGGCUGCUGCACAAGUAACCUGAUAAUGUGCAAAGGAAAACGCUCUGCAUGAGUUGCCUUCCAUUCCGCUUUGCGUUUGUCUGGGACCGGGGGGCAAAUGGCAAUAGAACCUCUGGGCUGUUUGCAGGUCAGCAGAUGCCUCGUUGCAUAAGAGCCUCUUGAGCGUGGGGCAGCAAUCCUGGGAGAGGCACUCCUUUGAUCGUGGGAAUGCUGGCUGCGCCCUGCUGCUCUGCGGGAGGCUCUGCCUGGUGGCCCUUGGUGCCCCCCUGAUGACAUACAGUGGCACUUGCAAGCAAAGGUUGGUCAAUAAGUGAAACUCAAGUCCUGCUCCCCAAAGGUAGCUGGGAGGAGGAUGCUGGAAAUGCUCCCAUGGUACCUGCCUCUUCCUACUUAGAACAGGGCUGGUCUGAAACACCAGCACCCAGUUGUGGCCCCACGGCUUGGCUCUGCUUCUGCCACGAGCCAUAGUGGGAUUGCAAAGUUUAAUUCCUCUUUAGCAGCUGGGUGUCCUGGAAAUCCUCACUCUGAUCCUGGCUGAAAAAAAUAUUAGCUGUUUUCUGCAAGGGAAGAUGUUGUUUUACACUGUGAAUUACAGGCCUGGAGAGAGAGCAUUUAAGGACAAGCUAGGCUGGGUGCCAGCGUUUGAGCUGGUGUGAAUCAGCAUCUCUGAGUCCAGUGGAGCUAUUCUGAUUUACACCAGCUGUGAUGAGGGAAAGCUGAGAAUGUCCUCCUCAAAUUCAGAUUUCAGCUCUUUCCUUGCAGUUCCACCUGGAUCUAUUUUUCUUUGGUUUCUGCUCUAAACUGCUAUGUAAUGUUGCUGUGUGCUGUUAACCAGCUGCCGUGUUCCAGCCUGGAGGUCACUGCAGGUCAGCAGUGGGUGAGAUGAUCCCUCUGUGUAGAUUUUCCUAUCAGUUUGUAAAGUGCUUUGGGCUGAAAGGAGCUAGAGAACUGCAAGCUGUUAUUGGUCUAGACACUUCGUUUUAAAUGUAAGACAAAAACAGUGUGUUAAUUGCUCAAUUUAAACAGCAAGGUGGCUGCACUCUGCUCUUUAUAAAGGAAAAUAAACUUUUGCCUAGAGGAAGAA